AUGAAUUGUGCAUCAAUAUUUGGUGCAGGAGGAGGAACGAGUGCUGGAGACACGAUAUCUCUGAUAUUGGUCGUACUCCUAUUCAUUGCUUGUAAUGUAGCCGCUCUUCUACUAAACACGUUUGAAGACAAAAUAAUUGAGUCUAUUGGUCCGUAUAUAAAUUACAUCGUUGACCUCUCCAAUUUGCUCGUCGUUUUUAACUCAAGUUUUAACUUCAUCAUCUACGUGACAUUUUCACGGAGUUUCAAAGAUACGCUUUGUAAAUAUCUAUGUAACCGUAAUGCUAAAGCCGAUUACGAUACGCCUUGCAUAACAGCCGAAAAAGCAUCUGGACCGACGUUAUAUAAAGAGACAUUUGGUCGUCUACUUGCUGCAUCUCAACCAGAGGUACUUAUAUAA